CUGAAGAGAGAGAGCUUUCAGCCCCGGAUACGAGAGGAGGCUAAUUUACGAGUCUUGUUUUGUCUCUCAGGAAAAGGAGAGAUACGGAGGGGAGGGUGGCUGAUGGUGAAGGAGAAUGCAGCAAUCACAUUUUUAAGCAUGCAGAAGCAGCGGGCCGUUUCCGGUUCCUAGGGCUGGUGUUCCCCCCCCCUAUCCGACGCCUGCAGCCGUAUGGGGACAGCAGCGGCGGCCCCAGAUGGCAUGGACACUUCCAACACGUCUGCCGCUCUGCCCUGCAUGCUCUGCCGGAGCCCGUUCGCCGCCGUCUCUCUCUUCCAGCUCGCUCCGCCGCCCAGCAGCACUGCAGCACAGCACAGGCUGACGGCAUGAGGCUUGAUCCGGUGCACUUCUCCAUGCUGGUCAUCGGGGUCUCCUUCGCCUGCUACGCCCCGAGUCUCAACUCCCUCCAGGACCAGGCGCACCGAUCCACCGUGGUCAUCGAGGGCGAGGUGCGCUCCUCCCCGGAGAACGCCUCCUCCCGGGAGCCCUACAGUGUGAAUGUCAAAGUGCUGGACGUGUGGCCCCUCAACAGCGGCGGCCUCGAGAGGGAGCAGCUCGUGACCGUCGGGGACUUCGGCUCCGAGGCCCCCUGCACCACGGUGGAGAAGGACCACAGAUAUAUCUUUUUCAUGGACCCGACCGCAGAGCCGCUCGUGUUCAAGGCUUCGUACGCCCCUGUGGACGCCAGCGAGCCGGAGCUGAAGAAGGACGUGGAGAGAGUGCUCUGCGAGGACUGCGCCUCGGCUCCUAAGCUCCUAAGACUGAUGAGAGGCCAGUCUCUGAUGGAGGGAGACAAGCUGUACUUGAAGUGCGAGGCGUCGGGGAACCCCAGCCCAUCCUUCCGCUGGUACAAAGACGGACAUGAGCUUCAGAAAGGCAGAGACCUCAAAAUAAAAACCAACAAGAAAAAUUCAAAGGUGCAGAUCACUCGCGUCCGCGUGGAAGACUCCGGCAACUACACUUGUGUGGCUGAAAACUCACUAGGCCAAGAAAACGCGACAAGUAUCAUCAGUGUACAGAUUUUGACCACCACAACCCCUUCUCCAGGUGUGAGUCAUGCAAGGCGCUGCAAUGACUCGGAGAAAGCCCACUGCGUCAACGGAGGAGACUGUUACUUCAUACACGGUAUUAACCAGCUGUCCUGCAAGUGUCCCAAUGACUAUACGGGGGACCGCUGUCAAAACUCCGUCAUGGCCGGUUUCUACAAGCUUCUCAAAAUUGAAUUUAUGGAGGCGGAGGAGCUCUACCAGAGGCGGGUGUUGACAAUCACCGGCAUCUGUGUGGCGUUGCUAGUAGUUGGCAUCGUUUGUGUGGUGGCCUACUGCAAAACCAAGAAGCAGAGGAGGAAGAUGCAGAGUCACCUGCACCAGAACCAGAACCCGUGCGCGGAGCAGCCUAACCGCAUCAUGGCCAACGGGCCCAACCCCCCGGUUCCUGGUCCUGAGGUGAUCCAGCUGGACGACUACAUCCCCAAGAGCAUCCCUACGACAGAAUGUGUGAUCAGUCACGGAGCUGAGGGUGCAGGCAACUAUGCAGGCAGUCGGAUAUCCACCCGCUCCCACCACUCUACCACUGCCUCACACGCUUCCAGACACGAGGAGCAGACGUGGAGCAUGGAGCGAUCAGAGAGCGUGAACUCAGACUGCCAGUCAGGUGGGCUCUCCAGCUCAGUGGGAACCAGUAAGUGCAGCAGCCCAGCGUGCAUGGCGAGGCGGGCGGCCCACUGGGGCUGCGCGGACAUGUCCGGACCGGGGAUGCAGUACGGGGAUUCCUACGACUCGCUCAGAGACUCACCUCACAGUGACAGGUACGUGUCUGCGCUGACCACGCCGGCACGGUUGUCUCCUGUGGAGUUUCACUACCCGCCGCUGCCCCCCCAGGUGCCCACCUUCCAGAUCACCUCUCCCAACACAACCCACGCCCUGUCGCUCCCUCCUGCUGCCGCCGCCUACCACAGGGACGACGACCAGCCGCUGCUCAGAUGCCCCGAUGACGGGAGUUUAUACCGGCAGCCCCGGCGCCCGCGGCGGCCCUACCUGACGGAGAGCACGGGGAGCCUCCCGUCCAGCCCCUACCGCCUCCCCGAUGACGAGGCCUACGAGACCACGCAGGAGUACGCCUCUUCACGGGAACCCAUCCGGAGCCGACGGCGUCCGCGACGCAACCGCCUCAACGGACACGUGUCCCAGCGUUCGGCGGGGCUGCGGGACUACAGCUCCCAGAGCUUCAGCCAGUCGGACGAGGAGGAGGACGAGGACGAGGAGGACGACGCUCACGGGGAAAGCACGCCUUUCCUCAGUAUGCAGAACAUGAAUAUGGACCCGCCCCUCACGGUCUCGGGGUACCGCUCCUCCUCGGGGGCGGACACGCGGACUCACCGCGGGCUGAGUCGGCCGGGAACGCGCAGCAACGGGCAGAGCCGCGGCCCCCCGGCGCAGCGCUCCAAGGCCGACAACAUGCCCCUUUAAGACCCGACCCCCGACCCCCGACACCCCUGCCACACCCCGCCCCUCCACUUUAGACACCCCCUUCUUCCUACACACAACCAGUGGACUAGAAACCUGCACCUAGGAGAAAUAUUUUUAUUUUGUAUAACAGACAGAUAUUCUAAACAAAGGAAAUAUUUAUUUUCAUUUCAGCAAAAAUUGUCUACUAGCUAACAGCAAAGACUUUUUUUAUAUUGGGGGGAUAUUUAUAUGUAAAGUUUUUUGAUUUACAGCAUUAUGAGAGAUGAAAAAAAAAAAAAGAGAAUUAUGUGCCAAUUUUUUCACAAGUUAGAUAAAUAGAAUAAUAUUGUGGUGCCUUUUGCUGUAUGCUGAAGUCGGAGGUCCCAUUGAGUUUUUGUAGCCUUUCUUAUAAAGACUCCUCAUUUUUAUAGAGACCAACCCUCUUCCUUCCUAUUGCUUUGUUUGUUUGGUUUUUUUUCUCUGAUUUGGGAUCUUCCUCUUUUUGAACUGUGAUCUGAUUAUGUCAUCAUGCAAUAUUGAUUCCUCCUGUGUAAAAGGUGUCCGUUUACAUGAGUGUGAUCCACACGAUGCGUUUGUUUCACAGGGACAUCUGGUCACUGACGCACCCGGAUGUGUUGGGGGGGUAGAUUUCUCGGAUGAACACACAUCAGCCAUGAAUGUCCUGGUCUGCUGCCUGUAGGUGGGGAGUUCUGUAAACUGGUGAGAGUUUGGGAGUUGAGAAAAGGUGACUUCAGAUUCCUGUGGAGGUGUUCAGGGUGCUGCCAUCACAUUGGUGGUGGUUGCAGUGUGUGUGUGUGUGUGUGUGUGUGUGUGUGUGUGUGUGUGUGUGUGUGUGUGUGUGUGUGUGUGUGUGUGUGUGUGUGUGUGUGUGUGCAUGCAGUACUCGAGUUGUAAAACAAAUCAGGGGGGAUGGUGGAUUUUAUCAUACGGGGACAGAUAAUUUGUGCUGAUUACAAAUAAUAUAAUAUAUUACAAAUAAUAGCAGUGACCAAAACACCUGCAGAAAUACUGCAGGAAUGACAUAGCAGCAGUUAAAUGCAGCCUUC